AUGCACAACAUAGCCCAUCAUAAGCUGAAAGGGGUACUUGUUAUAGUGUUACAGAUCAUAACGUAUUAUAUCAAAGAAUACGGCCACAAAGGCAUGGUGUACCUUAGUCGAAAUACGGGCAUUAGCUUCUACAUUGCUUUUCACUUUCCUAAAGCAUCAGCCUUGAAAGAACCAUUCGAUGAGAUCAUCCAUCGGUUCCAUGCUAGUGGAAUGAUAGAGCACUGGUUGAAAAAUUAUAGAGAAAAUUCGGAUGCUAGAACUGAACAAAAACAGGACGCGGAACCGAAACCGAUGGAGCUUCAUCAGGUUGCAGGAGCCGCCCUGCCGCAGCGCACCAGUACCUCAGCGGAAAGUUUACUCGCGGAAGUGCUGAGGACAAAAUACAGAUAUCCUGAAUCGCAAGUGAAUAUUCGAGUGCAGAACGGCGAGUCGCGUGUGGCUACUACGUUUCAGGCAGAUCUAAUCAACAGCGUGGCGAAGCAGAACAGUGACUGGAUGGUGAUAUCAUUCGAAAAUCUACCAACAAUCGAGCGACGACCCGCAUUUUAUAACGUGUUCCUCGUCCAGGAUUAUGCAUCCCUUUGCAAUAUUGUUAGUCAAAUGGACUACCAUUCAUACCAGUUCCAUGGGUAUUACACGGUGUUCCUUGAGCAAUCAGACAACGAUGCCGUUAACAGAGUGAUGGAGAAGCUAUGGAACAGUUCGAUUAUCAAUGCGGUGGUGAUUUGUCGAGAAAGCGAAGAGGAGUAUGUGGCGUACUCGUACCAUCCUUACCGGGCAGGCAAGUGUGGCAUGGUGGAACCAAUAGAACAGGAUCGGUCACUCGGUGGCACCUGGCAAAGGCUACAUACGUGGUUUCGUGAUAAGUAUGUGAAUCUAAACGGUUGUCAGCUGGUAGCAGGAUGUAUAGAUGUGAAGCCCUACUCGAUACAGGUUAAACAAGGCAAGAGAACGAUUCACUCCGGUUUCGAAGUGAUAAUUGCGGAGAACAUAGCGUCGUGGUUUAAUUUCUCUUUAACGUACCGCGUUCCCGAUGGGAACCUUAAGUGGGGCGUAAUACGUCAAGAGAAUAGCACCGGCCUAAUGGGGAUGCUGCAGCGUAACGAGGUGGACUUUGGAUUCGGUAGUUUGGCCUAUAUGCAAAACAGGAAUAGAUACCUGAAGAUGGGAACAGCGACUCAUUUUGGCACAACCCUACUUGCUAUUCCUCCUAAGCGGCCGUACACAUCAUUCGAAAAGUUGUUUCUACCAUUUAGUCUCUACGCUUGGCUGUGUAUUGGAUUGUGCUACAUAUUUAUCGGAAUUUUGACGGUUGCGAUUUUUAACACACCUUUCAUGAAGAGCGUCGAAACGUUCCCGCACUCAACUUACGCACUCUGGGUGUUGCUGAUGGGUGGUCCCUGUCACUAUCUCCAGCUAAACAGUUCACGGCUAGCGGUAAUGAGUUUCGUUUUGAACGCACUGGUGGUACGUACGCUGUAUCAUGCCGGUAUGUUUGAAAAACUUCAAGGAUCAGAAAGCCUCUCAUCAAAUCUGGACACGUUUACUGCCAUCAAUCGAGCCGGGAAGGUGUACUACAUGUUCAAAGUAACUACCGAGUUUUAUCGCAACAACCCAGUGGUUGAUGAAACGAAAAUACGUGUAAUUGCAAGCGAUGCGAAGGACUGGAGAGAGCUACUGUAUGACAUGUCGCAGCUGAAAUUGGAUGGCGUUGUUGCUCUACCAUUCGAUUGCAUUGCCUAUUACGUCAAGAAAAAUGGUCACCGAGGCAUUGUUUACCCAGCCAGACACACUGGAAUAACUUACAAUACGGCGUAUCACUUUCCCAAAACCACCUCGCUGAAGGAGCCAUUCGAUGCACUGGUGCAUCGAUUUCAUGCUGCUGGAUUUUUAACUUACUGGCCGGAAGCAUUUCGGGACGAUAGGUACUGGUUGCGACAGAAGGAUAAUCCGGAACCGACUAGUUUGAAAUGGAAUCAUAUAUCAGGCGGCUUUUUCUUGUGUGGCAUAUUGCUGGUUAUAGCUACGGUUGUGUUUUUCGUGGAGAUAAUAAUCGGCAGAAGAAAAGCUAUCGAUAAGGUGAAGUCAUCAAACCGCUUUUUCUUUCUGCCAUUCCGAUGGUAA